AUCCGCUAAAGUUGGCAUGCGGACUACAGGCCACGCAGUUAUUAGUCAUUACUGACGGUAGGCAAUUAAAAUAAUAUAACGCAACAGAUUCUUUCCAGAGAAAUAAAAAUGCGUCAACAGGGCAAAAAGUUAUUAGCGGGUCAGAAAAACGGUGAUAACACCAUCAUGAACCUAUAUUUCCUCAUAAAAUAUGUCAGGACGCUGCAAAUGCAUGGUGAUGUCCAUUUGCCAACAAUUGAUGCCAGCUAUUUUAUCGGUUGGGCUCUUGUAUUCCUAUUAGUCCCCACACAUUCGUCUAGAUGGCACUACAAGCAGAAGUACCGAAUUUGAAGUGCUGGGAGAAUGCUGAUGGAUAGAUCGAAAUAAAUUAAGAAUUAUUUGCAGCCAGUGCUUCCGAUAUGGAUGCAGAUUUGUGUCUGUGUGUGUGUGUGUGUGUGACAGUAAGCUAGUAAGUCUGUAGUUUGUAGUGGUGAUGACAGUAACGAUAAUGCUUUAGUACGAAAAUACAUGUUACAAAGCAUGUGACGUGAAGAAAUGACACGGUUUAAUUAAUCAACAGUGAUAAAAAUGUGAUAGUGCAAACAACGCUAAACGUGUGUGGAAAUUUCUCUAUACUCUCCUGUAAAUCAUGAAGUUGCACUAAAUUCCAUGUGUCAAUCAAGAGGUCAAUGCACACAAAGAGGGUUGCUGAAGAAGAUUAGGGCUGUGUGCUUGGCUGCAUUCUGCUGCGCAUCUGGAAACAGACGGGACAGCGGUUCUCUCGAACUUCACUGAUUCACGAGGAAAAAGGAAGAAGCUAGUCCUUAUGGAGAAGGACAAAGAAGAACGUACGAAGAUCUUGACGAGGCACCGCUCCGAGUGCCAUCGGUACUGAUUUGCAGUGAUAUGCAUUUCACACUCUCAGCUGGCCACACGUGAACUGUCAUCACAAUUCGAAUCGUGAAGCUUCAGCCACUCAGAACUGUCCUUCACGCUCACCGAUGUGAAGUGAGAUUCCAGUCAACUGUACCGUACGGUUUCGUAUUUCCACACGCUUCUUUCGGCUCGAAUAUCAGCCCACUAGAAGAGGAAACUCGCCUGCUACAGCCAAUCUGAGUGCUCUGGAAUGUUAGGGAGCCAGUACAAUGCCUGGAAAGGUGAAGGUAAAGAUUCUUGCUGGACGUAACUUGCCUGUUAUGGAUCGUUCCAGCGAUACUACAGAUGCUUAUGUAGAAGUAAAACUGGGAAAUACUACUUAUAAGACUGAUGUUUGUCGCAAGUCAUUGAAUCCACAGUGGAAUUCAGAAUGGUAUCGAUAUGAGGUUGAUGACUCAGAACUUCAGGAUGAACCAUUACAGAUUCGCCUGAUGGAUCAUGACACUUACUCGGCUAAUGAUGCAAUUGGCAAAGUGUACUUAGAUCUUAAUCCUUUGUUACUACCUGCUUCACCAGCUCCUGUUAAAAGUUCAUGGAAUUCAGAGAACACUACUACAACUAGUACAAGUUUAAAAGGAGGAUCUGUGAUGUCAGGUUGGAUUCCAGUGUUUGAUACAAUGCAUGGAAUUCGUGGUGAAGUAAACAUCAUUGUAAAAGUGGAACUGUUCUCAGAUUUCAACAAGUUUCGCCAGUCUUCAUGCGGUGUACAGUUCUUCUGCUCUCCAGUUAUACCUCAGGGUUACCAUGCUCAAGUUGUUCAUGGGUUUGUAGAAGAACUAGUUGUUAAUGAUGAUCCGGAAUACCAGUGGAUAGAUAAGAUCCGGACACCACGGGCAUCUAAUGAGGCUAGACAGACUCUUUUCUUUAAACUAUCUGGAGAGGUACAACGAAAAAUUGGACUAAAAGCGUUAGACUUAGGAGGAAAUGCUGUGAUUGGGUACAAUCAGUGCUUUGACUUAGAAGGAGAAUCUGGUAUUGUGGUGCGAGGGAUUGGUACAGCCGUUACGUUAACAAAAAUACAAGAGAUUUCAGUUCAGCCUCCACUUCCCUUUGAUAUAACAGCAAUUGAUGAUGGCAUGGUUUCAGCAUCAGCUGUAGAUGAUAGAUGCUAUAUAGUAGGCAGUGACAGCGGCUUGCUUCAGCCCCUUGAGUUAUGUGUGCCUCCCCCUUCACCAAAGCUUUGUAUUACCCCCCCAACUCCCAGUAUUGUUUCUCCUACAUCUCCUCCACUGUCUAAUGAACAGCCUAAAGAAAGCCUUUUGCCGACUUUAGUUGGGCCAGGAAUUCCUGGUGUUGCUAAGUUGAAGUCUAAAAAGAAGAAAUCAAGGCAUCCAGUUGUAGUUUUACCUCGAUACUUGGCAGCAGGCUCAAAAAUAGAUCAUUCACUAACACAUCGUCAUCACUUGCCACGGCCUGAAUAUGGGCGUCAUUUGUCUCAGCCUGCUAUGGAUGUGCAUGGCAUUGCCUCAUCCUGUAAGAAAAUGGGUCAAUCUACGCAGAGUUUAACAAGCACACUGGAAGAAUCAUCAUUGAGAAACCUGCUAAGGCAAGAAGAUAUGCGCACAGAGGCACAUUGUGGAGGUAGGAUUUACAGGGGGUUGAGAGCAAUACGUUUAUUUCCUCAGAACAAAUUAUCCAAGAAACUUAUAUCCCUGAGAACAAGAUUACAGCCUGAUUCUUCAGUAGAUGAAAAGGAAUCUGAGAUUGGUAAUGCGGAUGUAGUGACUGACAGAGUCCAGAUUGCUUGUGCUAAGAAGUCAAAAGUUAAAUUUGAAAGGCGACACAGUAGAUCGUCAAGUGAUUCAAUGGCAGCGGCUAUCAUAAGGUCUUUAAUGGAUAGUAACAUAACUGGAUUGGAUCGAGUUGUGGAAGUUAAAGAAAGUCCAGGAUCUUCUCCUAGUUCACCUUCAAGAAGGGAAAGCUAUACUAGUAUUGAGCUUUCCAAACAUGCUCUCGGAUAUUCUGACAAGGUAUCUGAAUUAGACAGCUCACCAGUUCAAGAAGGUCCCCCUGAUGUUCAUAUAACUGUCUCUGAAUCUUUUCUUCGCCUUCCAUCAAAUGAUGAUGGUCCAGAACUGAGAUAUGUUGAUGGUCAUCUUAUAUCAAACACUUAUUCAAAUGUUUCAUCAACAUCAGAUUCAUCAAGCUCAGAAGAAGAGGCUUCAGAAGAUUAUUCACUUGAUGUUCCUGUUAAUGAUAAGUCACCGACUUACUGUACGUCUACUACUCCUGUAAUACCUUCUCAAUUGGAUGUAAUGAACACAGUCUCCAUUGUUCUGUGGGACUGUGGUAGUAAUGUUGGUGAGCUUCAUUCACCAGUGGUUAAUGGUAGCAGUACUGAAAUAACACCGAUCAGUAAUGUACCAGUCUUAGAACCGACUACAGUUGACAGUCCACAGACAAUAGGUACAUCAAUUUGUUUAGCUGGCACUGAACAAACAAAUGCAUAUUGUUUUGGUGAAGGUAAGACAAACUUGAAUUUAUACCAACAAGAAAGCGAAGCCACUGAUAGUGCUUCCUUGGUGGAGAAAGUAAAUAUGACAACGAUACUGCGUCAGUCUGCUGAUACGCGGUCUGUUUCAGUGCAACAGAACAACGAUCCAGAGAACGUGCCUUCUUUUGUUAACAAGAUUGCUGGGAACACCAAAACUGACUUUGAACGAAACUGUAGCUUUUCUCUACCAGUGAAUGACAGUGGAGAGGAGAACAUACCCACAUCAACUGCAGGUGAUUAUGUAUCUGUGGAAGUGCCAUCAAAUUAUAUUUGUACGCCAUGCAUACACACAGAAAAGAUGAAAUCUGAGAAAGAAUAUUUACUUUUACAAGAUUCUGGAAUUGAUAAUGACCAUUCAUCUUACGCAUCAAUAUCAGAAUAUAGUACACAGUUAAUGCAGGAAAAUAUGUUAUCUGUUUCUGAGGAAACUGUGCAUACAGUUGAAACAAGCAGUUUCUCUGGCAUACUUUCCUUGCCACAAAAUGAAAACACUUCCAUUGCUACUCCAGGUCCUAGUACCACUCCUAAUGUGUUGCCUAACCAGGAGAAUGUUACAUAUGUCUGUACAUCAGUUGAAGAAGGGUCCACCAACGGCCUCUCAGCUGGUAAUAGUGUUCAUGUUAGCCCCCUUGUAAAAACAGAUAAUGAUAAUAGUGCCUGUAAAUUAGAUGUUGUACUUGAUGUUAGUGAUAGUUGCAAGACUAAUAGUGUGAUUGGUAUGCAGAACUUGCCUGUUGGGAAGGUUAGUGUUGGUAUGCUAAACAUCCCCACAUCACCCCUUCACAAGAGUCAAAGUGCAACCACUCUGUGUUCAUGCCCCACUGCUACUGUCAAGCAUGAUACUAACGAUGAGCAAGCAAGCCCUUGCUGUGGUGGAGAUUUGCAAUUCCACAACAUCAAGCAUGGCCCCUGCUUCGCUCCACCCAGCAGGCAGCAGCAGCAGCAGCAGCAGCAGCUAUUUUCUGGUGGAGAGGAAGAGAGGCAGCUCACUGGCUCACCUCAACAAGCUAGACCUGUGUCUUCUACUAGUUCCAAGAUAUCACCAUCUCCUGCCAAGCUGUCGAACCUUCCUGCCAUUCACCGGAGAUCAUCAGACUCUGAUCUUAGCAUCACACCUAAAGGAAGCUACAUGAAACGUAACAGCUUAACAGGAAGUGAUCGUUCAUCGGUUAUGGGUGGUCACUUGCGACAGGGACCUGCUGUGGUUCGACCAUCAAUGAAUCAGGAGAGUUUGGAUAUGAUGGAGUAUCCAUUCCUUACUAUGUCUAAAUAUCCUCCUGGCUUCAUAAUGCACUUAGGUGGAACUGUUAGUUCAAGGUCUGUGAAAUUGCUAGAGAGAAUAACAAACUUGGAAGAGCCUGAGACACGAGAUGCAUGGUGGACAGAGAUCAGGAUGGAAGUGCGAUCACAUGCGCGUGCUCUGGGCUGCAAUGUUGUGCUGGGCUAUUCAGAGAACACAAGUAUAUGUGAUGAUGUGUGUGUUUUGAGUGCAUCAGGAACUGCAGCUGUCAUUAAUCUGCAGUUCAGUACAAAUGUGGAACAAGACACUAGUGGCCAGCAUCUUGUCUCCAGGGUACAUAUGCACAACAAGGAACUCAUGACCACCUCGCUGGACAGGACUGACUUUGAACGAGAAAAGACUACUCCCCAGAAAGGCGAUUUUACACUGCCAUUCAUGCAAGGUAGCAAAGUACGGCACCUGUCUGAUGGAUAUGAGCUUGAUCCAGUUUCAACCUGUUCUGUUUGUCACAUACCAUACAGUGAAUGUAGUGUACCAUUUCGAGUCACCAUGCUUAAAUGUGCUAUAUGUAGACGUGGCAAAGUACCAGAUGUUUUGUUCACAACUAUUGAGCUUCCAGAAGGAGUUUCAACGACAGGCAAAGGCUGUUUUCUGCAAGCCUAUGUUUGUAGACCGAAACGAGACUGUAGGGGUGAACUGAAUGCUAAGGAAAUCUCUGAUGGCUUACCAUUCCUAGAGUAUGAGCUGCAUCGUCUUCUGAUCAACAAACUGAAAGUGAAGGGCAUGAAUUCUAUAUUUGGGCUUAAGGUACAGGUGUCUAUAGGAGAAAAGAUGCUGGUUGGUUUAGCCACAGGCACUGCCGUCUACCUUACACCGCUACCUAUGCCUCCCGUACCCAAAGUAUCAGCAGACAACACAUGGGCUGAUGAUAAGAAACUGACAGAGAUCCAGAAACUUCUGCAAGACACUGUUAAGAAAAACCGAGAGGUCUAUCAGCUUAAACCUCUAAUUGAGCUUGAAUUUCAGUCAAAUGGUAGAAUUCCAGCUUCUGAUACUGAGGAAUCAGAUGACGAAUUACCAGACCUGGAUUUAGCAACAGGCAACAAGGAUACUUGUGUGUUAGAGGUGGAUGAUGCAGAAGAUGUGGAUGUAAUCUCACUUUUGAUUGAUCCUCAUCCACCAGAAGGCUUUUAUGUGGUAAACACAGAAACUGUUCCAGGCCUGGAUGACCAAGAAAUUGUAAAAAAUCUUCAGAUGUUCACCCAAGUAUGGCGAGCAAAGAUCCCAACAGGCCAGCCAACUAGUGUUUUUAGUAAACACUUUCAUAGACUGUUACAGAGUGUGUACUUCAAGUUACGUCGGAUGGUCCCAUGUGCCCUGUGUGACCUCCAGUUUGGUGUUGAGUUGCCUGAACCAGAUGAAUUGCAGAUCUCUGUGUUAGGAAUGGCAUUAGGCCUCGGAGAGCCAGAAAGGCCGAGCAGUAAGUUAAAGAAAAAAACAGUUGUUUCAUCAACAAGCAAAGAAGCAAUUAAAAAGGCAGAUGAAUGUGAAUUAAUCUUCAACUUAGAUGAAGAUCAUGUAGCUCCUGAAAAUCCUGCUGCUGCACCCCUACAGGUGCAGUUGGGUUGUCCAAGACCACACUCCCCACUGAGGAUAAAAAUCCCUCAGUCUAAACCUCAUCAUACUCCACCAAGAGAAAGGUAUGGAGUCGAUAUGACUCCUUUGUCCUAUGUACCUGGUGGUAAAAUUGAACGUUAUCUUGGGAACUUGAAUUUCUUCUUCAUCAGAGAAAGCACCUGCAUUAGAGAGGGAGGAGGCCUGAGUGGCUUCGUUCACAGUUUCGUAACCGAAGUUCUAGCCAUUGUACGUGCACAUGUGACUGCCCUGGGAGGAAAUGCAAUGGUAGCAUAUUUCAUGUCCGAAUGUGUAUUGUACCACAAUCCACAUAAAAACCAGGGUCAGUGUCUUAUCAAUGUUGGAGGUGAUGUAGUCUAUGUCUCCUACUACUCAGAAGAUUGAACUGAACCCACAGUAUGAACAAGCAGCUGAACUACUUUAUUGUACUUGGGCCUACAUGGAUUGUCAGCUAGGAGGUUCUGCUGUAUCUUGCAGGAUGACCAGAAAUGACUUCUUGUUAUUUAUUUUUAUACCAUUAUUUAAAAAUGAUUGUAUCUUGAGAUAUGACUUCAGUUUUUGUGAAGAAGGAUUGUAAUCAGUUCUGUAUUCUGGGAUAUAACAGCGUGUAGUCUGUUGAAAGUUAACUGACAUUGUGGAGGAACAUUGUGCUUCCAGCUUCAGGAUGAAAGGGCAGCCAAGCAAGAAAUCAGCAUGAAGCAGUGCUUGCUCAAGAAGUAACAAACCAGCAUGAAGCAGGGUGGGAGCAGUGCUUGCUCAAGAAGUAACAAACCAGCAUGAAGCAGGGUGGGAGCAGUGCUUGCUCAAGAAGUAACAAACCAGCAUGAAGCAGGGUGGGAGCAGUGCUUGCUCAAGAAGUAACAAACCAGCAUGAAGCAGGGUGGAAGCAGUGCUUGCUCAAGAAGUAACAAACCAGCAUGAAGCAGGGUGGAAGCAGUGCUUGCUCAAGAAGUAACAAACCAGCAUGAAGCAGGGUGGAAGCAGUGCUUGCUCAAGAAGUAACAAACCAGCAUGAAGCAGGGUGGAAGCAGUGCUUGCUCAAGAAGUAACAAACCAGCAUGAAGCAGGGUGGAAGCAGUGCUUGCUCAAGAAGUAACAAACCAGCAUGAAGCAGGGUGGAAGCAGUGCUUGCUCAAGAAGUAACAAACCAGCAUGAAGCAGGGUGGAAGCAGUGCUUGCUCAAGAAGUAACAAACCAGCAUGAAGCAGGGUGGAAGCAGUGCUUGCUCAAGAAGUAACAAACCAGCAUGAAGCAGGGUGGAAGCAGUGCUUGCUCAAGAAGUAACAAACCAGCAUGAAGCAGGGUGGAAGCAGUGCUUGCUCAAGAAGUAACAAACCAGCAUGAAGCAGGGUGGGAGCAGUGCUUGCUCAAGAAGUAACAAACCAGUAUGAAGCAGGGUGGAAGCAGUGCUUGCUCAAGAAGUAACAAACCAGCAUGAAGCAGGGUGGGAGCAGUGCUUGCUCAAGAAGUUACAAACCAGUAUGAAGCGGGUGGAAGCAGUGCUUGCUCAAGAAGUAACAAACCAGCAUGAAGCAGGGUGGAAGCAGUGCUUGCUCAAGAAGUAACAAACCAGCAUGAAGCAGGGUGGGAGCAGUGCUUGCUCAAGAAGUAACAAACCAGCAUGAAGCAGGGUGGGAGCAGUGCUUGCUCAAGAAGUAACAAACCAGCAUGAAGCAGGGUGGGAGCAGUGCUUGCUCAAGAAGUAACAAACCAGCAUGAAGCAGGGUGGAAGCAGUGCUUGCUCAAGAAGUAACAAACCAGCAUGAAGCAGGGUGGAAGCAGUGCUUGCUCAAGAAGUAACAAACCAGUAUGAAGCAGGGUGGGAGCAGUGCUUGCUCAAGAAGUAACAAACCAGUAUGAAGCAGGGUGGGAGCAGUGCUUUCUGCCUGCUUCCUGCUGAUUUCUUGCUCAGUUUGCUCUUCAAGCCUGAAAAUGGAGGCUAAAUGUUCUUCUAAAAUGUCAGUUGACUAUUCACACAGUAUUAUAUUUCAGAAGGUAGGACAUUUUGUAACCACUAUUGUGAGAAUCUCAAAUCCUGCAGGAAUUGUAAUUAUGUUUUUUUUGAAGGUAUAGUGUAGUUACUUUGUAAACACAUUUUAAAAUUUUUUGUGGGUAUGUAGAUAUCAUUAAAUGACUGCAUAGUUUAGAACAAGCCUUUUCUGAACUGUGUUUUUAUAGAUUGUAUUACAGAUGUACUUCUAUACAAGACUUAUUUUUAGGCCUGUGAUACUUAAAAACAUUUAAGAAGUAUCUACAUUAUUCUCAUGGAUUCUCUUUCGUGUCCCGUGCAACUCUGAAAGAUUUAAAAUUCAAAAUUUAAAUUAAGAAAAGGAUAAACUUUAAUUUUGAAUUUUAAAACAUUUAGAAUGAAUCACAUGGGAAAAGAAAGUGAGUAUGUGUGGAAAGUAGACACAGUGCAACAUUAUCUACAUUGUGUUUGGUAUAUGACUCAUUUUGUAAAGUGCGUUUUCCCUUUUUUUAUUAGGAUGUCAUUGUUGUGUUAUUAACAGGAAUAUUGUGUGUACUUAACAUGUUUACAUAAGAAUGGAUUUUUUAUGAUAGUUUUUGAAAAUAAACAGUAGACAUGUUUUUCUUGCUUAGGUUUGUUGACUUUUGUGAAGUUUAUGUUCUAGCCCACAUCACAAGAAUCCAUAUAUACUAAUGAACUAUGGAUCACAGGAAUAUCACGGGUAGCCUCAACUCACCUUAUUGACAAAUUUUGUUUCAAGCUGUUCAAAAUUUUUCCAUCAAAAUGGGAACACAAGCAAAUUUUGAGAUAUUUAGGUAUGAACUAAUUUAAAGUUUCAUCAGUGUGAACUUGGAAACCAAAAUUUCAACCAAUAAUGAUUGCAAUUCUGAAUCUAAAAAAUAAUAAUUUGUAAAGUAUUCAAACAGUGUUUAAUAUUAAUAUCAGUGUAGACGUAAAUAUUUCAGAAAAAGGUACUUACGAUCUCGCUUUCUUUGUGGCAUGAUUCCACAAAAAUACAUUAAUUUAGGACAGCUUAUGAGUUUUUUUUAACAAAUUUACCACUUAAUGUUUUAAAUAUUCAUUUCAGAACCUAAGGGCUUCAGGAAAUAAUUGAGGGUCCUGCUGGCUGUGAUAUUUAUGAACCCUUUUAGCGAAAACUUUACAGAGAUACUGAAAGUGUCAAAUCUAUUGGAGAACAUAAUUGAAAAUUAAAGAGAAAAUAGAUUAUUUUAUGUUGCAUUUUUGUGUAUGUGUGUAUUUAUUUAUGUGGCCCGUGUACUCUGAUGUUAUAUUCUGUGACUUUAUAGCAUAGCAUGGUGUGUACGCCCUGAAUUAGAAACAUCGACCGUUUAAUUCAAGAUCUGCUUUUUCUCUUGCUGCAUGGAAAACUAUUGAACAGCACAGUCAAAUUCGUAUUGCUUCUUCGUAUUCAGGAUGUCCUGGGUUCAAAUCUUGGUCCAGAGUCUGCCUGGUUUUCAGAGUAGCAGUAACACUAAGGCAAAUAGUAGUGAUGGCCAUUACAGGCCCAGAACAGUUCUUACUCACAUGUUGGGCUGUUAGAAGUGUUACGAUGUUGACAUUCGAAAUAUGUGGGAGUAUGACAACCCAAAAGAUAAAGCACGGUCAACAGGUCACUCAGUUGGCCAUGUCCUUUGUUAAUGGGUUAAUAGUUAAGACAACUAUGGUGUGUGAGUAUAAAAAAUUCGCAUUCACAAUUUAAAAAUGAUGCUGAAAUUGAAUGGAAACUAAUGUAUGCUUGUGGAAUUUCCUACACAUUGUUUGGUUGUAUGAUUGUUACUCGAUUUUCAGAACCUUGUUUGUGAUAAUGAGAUGGGUCAUAUGAAAAUGAAAUUGGCAUUUAGGUUGGAAAGGCUUAAAAUUGCUCAUCAUACCCUCAUGCAACUCCUAAGGAAAAGAAUUUGACCAGUAAUUAGUGGAUAAAAUGGAAAGAGUUUCACAAUUUUAGAAAUUUAUUGCUGAAAAUAAAUAGGAAUGUAAUUUCAUGGGCAAGAAAUAAACUGAUUUUAUUUGUUGUGUAAAAAUAAUUUCUAGAUGCCAGCAGUUUAUUAAUUAUACACACAAACUCAUACACAGUUUGUUUUAAAGUGUGAUGUGGCUGAAACCAGGAUCUGGUGUGUGUUUACAGAAUACUGACACUGACUGUUAAUAAAGCCUUUACUUGUUACU